AUGCAACCUCAUCCCUUCAAUAUGGCGGAUGUUGACAGCUUACUACUCUCGUUGAUCGAGAAAGAAAUACCAGAAGGUCGCCAGGCUUUGCGAGAUGGGCACGAAAACCUGGCUAAAGUGGCAGCUUACUGCGAGCAGAAGUACAUAGAAACGAAUAAUCGAUAUAAAUCGGGCUCUGAUCGUGGACAAGCGCUAAAAGAGACCCGUGCUGUCCUGGACGAGACGAAACAGUUUGCGACACAAUCUUUGGCUAGUGUUGCCUAUCAGAUAAAUACCUUGGCUCUGAACAUGUUGAGUCUGUUAGAUCAACAAGUCUUGAAAAUGCAGGAUAUGGAAUCAAGGAUAAAUCACAUCGCCGAGGUACGUUUGCCACGUUGAUAGAAAGGUUUUAUACUUAAACCUUAAAAGCUGGGUAGGUCUGGGUACAGUAUUGUCGCUUUGAUUUGGAGCUAAAUAUCUAUCCGUAGUGAACGAAGUUGUAUAUUUAUAAGUUUUCACGAACGAUAUCAAGGGUAAAACUGAAAAGUGAUUAUCUAAAAAACAAGAUUAAGAAGCAUUUGUGUCCAAGGAAACAGAGUUUUGAGGUGACAGGGUAUUUGGCACUUUUCCCGAUCCUUUACGCAGUGGCUUCCGUCCGGAAAUUCUUUUCUCAUUUGUACCUACCUCAAAUUGAAUUUAUUUUUAUUUUAUAAAGAGAGCAGAAUAAUUUAUCCUCAUUUUAUAAAGAAAAAAGCUCUUAUUUGCACUCUUCAAAAUAUGUGUGCUCAGUGAUUUGAAUGGAUGAAGUUUUGCAUUCUAUCCAGUUCAUAGAUGUUCUAUUUUAUUAUUUAAUAGAGAUCAUCAAAUAUGUGUAUGAACAAUUUUAGGGACCAAAAUUUAAUUUUUGGAACAUUCACUAUCUGGCUGAGUGGCAAUCAGACUGUACUUGCUCAGAUAUGUUUUCACUCACAAAAUACCCACUCGCUCUGGCCUUCUAGUUAAACCAAAUUGAAUCAAGUAAAGGAGACAACUAUGCAGCUGUUAUUGUUAUUUUUUACUGGUGUUUACUGGAAGUACACCAUCAUUUGACCAUCAUUUACCAAGGCUGCUCUACUUUCCAUAUCGUAACUUAUCCUUUAAGAUCUACAGCACCCAUUAACAUCAAGGGAAGCUGUUGUUUGUGUAAUCAUUGCAAGUUUCUUGGUUUUAUUAAAUCUGAUCCACAGUGAACUACUAAUAGUUUGUUAGUGGGAUUUCUUGCUCUCAAUCAGCCUGCCCUCAGUUGUUAUCCAUUGAACAGCAGUAUCCACCAGAUAAGUCGCUAUCCGCUGGAUCACUGUCAUUUGUGUUAUCCACGGGAAAGAGAUCUAUCCAGUAGAUAGCAUUAUGCACCUUUAGAUAUUGUUUUCCGCGACACAUUUACAAAAUACAUCACCGUUUUUAUACUAUAAGUUCAUCAUCAUUCUUAUUUGUUUAUUAGACUGUUGACAUCCACAAGGAAAAAGUGGCACGGAGAGAAAUUGGCGUCUUGGCUUCUAGUAAAAUGACAGGACGAACACAUAGGAUCAUAGCUCCAGCUGAGCAGGAAAAAGCUAUGCGAUAUGCUCGAAGGACCACAGACUACUCUAUCCUGGAUAACAUAGGUAUAAUAAUGUUAAAAACCAUCAUUACAAAGCAAUUCUCUCUCUGUAUGUUAAAAGUUAUUCCUUGCAGGAAAGGAGGCAGCGUGACCAAGUGGUCAGCAUAUCGGACUUACAAUCUGGCGGUUCCGGGUGUGGUUGCAGGUCCGGUGGUCCUGAGUCCCUCUGGAUUUGUUCUCAUUUUUAUGAAUGGGAUUCCCUGUUUAAAUAAAGAUGAUUGAUUGAUUGAAUAAUUUUUGAAAUUUCUGGUUAGAUCAAAGUUUAGAAAUAAUUCACAAUGACAUCAUGCUUUCAUGUUAUAUUUUAGUAGUUAGAGGGAUUGAGGGGGAGAAUUGCAUUGUUGAAAUGGUUUCAGUUAAUAAUAAUGCCAUUAAGAAUGGCGGGAACUACACUCCUGAAAUGGUACCCAUUUUCUCUUGUUGAUAAAAAAUGACGUUCAAGUGAAAAAAGUUUGAUAUUUACUGCCUGUUUUGUAUUUUUUUCUCUUAUCUUUUAGGUCAUGGCGUAAAGACAACUGAGUCUCAAGUGACACGACGCAAGAGCUCAAGAAAGUUAAAACCACAGCCACAAGAUACUCAAGCAGCGAAGGGCAGCAUGCGGCAACAGUUCUACAAGCGACCAGCUAUAAACACAAAACCUCCACCCCCUCCAGUACCACCCCCAAUGCCCCCAUCUGUACCACCUGGAACAAUCAUUGAAGCUGAACAACCCCCACCAUACCCCUCUGUACCUACCACCCCUCCCCCACCAGAACCUCCAUUCUCUUCAGGUAAUGAUGCCAUGGUUGCCCCCCCACCCCCACCACCACCACCGCCACCACCCUCUGCAGGUCCAUUUGUUCCAUCACCCUCUGAUAUUCCAGCUCCUCCCCCACCCCCUGGGCCUCCAAACCCUCCCCGCCCCCCACCCCUUGGAGGGGCAUUGUUGUCCCCACCCCCACCUCCUCCUUUGCCAGGUGCCGAUGGAGAACCAAACCUAAACUCACCAGGUGAGGCAUUUUGUUUUAUUUGCUGGUUUUCAUUUGCUUCGCAAUAGCAGCCUUCAUCAUUUACUGCUAUGAUAAUCUUUGCAUAUCUUAAUUGUAUGGUUGAACCUUGAGUUCAACUUUUAUUGACACGGUAACCCUUACAUUAGCCUGCAUUUCAGACAGAAUUUAUCAUAGUGGAUAGUGUUUGCAAAUUAGUGCACAAACUGUUGUUCUGACCUCAGAAAAACUGCCGAAAUUUGAAUGGUUGCCUGUGAUUGUUCUUUCAUGAACGUAUAAUUUGUGUUAUUCUGAAGAAAUAGGAAUAAAUAGAAGCAGCAGUGAUCCCCCUCUGGAAGGAUAAACCAAUCACAAGGGAUGUUCCCAUGUUUUGUGAUUGGUUUAGUUCUUCCACUUCUGCUUGUGACUCCAACGACCCAGUUUUCACUUGAUCGUAAACGGUGGCAAAUUCAGAAGGAAUCAGAACGCUGUUUUCAGUAGACCAUAGAGUUCUACGCUUCUGAUUACAACUCCGACUCUGACUCCGACUCCAUCACUAGUGAGAACUAGCCUUUGCUGAAGCUAUCUUGUGGCAGUAGUACUUUAUUUGACAAUAACUUCAUAAAGAAAUCUGUAGACUACAUUUUUGAACAAGUUCUUCAAGAAAUGUCUGGAAAACAGUGCAGCUUUAAGUUAAUGUAAUGCCUAUACUAGGUACUAAAUAUGUGUGAGAGACUAAACCCAUUGCAUACAAUCUUUUUUUUCUCUACUUUAGAUCCCACUGAUACUUAUGAAUCUGUUGUCGGUAAGAAAAAUGUUUAAUUCAUGUUGAAUCAUCAGGAAAUUACAUAAUUGAGGGGUGUAUGUGGUGGCCUUGAGUGACUUUUAAUAAAAUGCUAGAUUCUCCUUUUAAAUUAUUUGUUUGUGAAACAGAAGGAGAAUUGGCCAUUUUACAGUUAUGGAUGGAAGUGAGGCUGAGGGUGACCUUGUUUUGGUACAAACCUUCCUGCUUUAUUAUGUAAAUCAAGUUAUUCUUAUGCUAACUAGUAUUUUUCAAGAACAAUUUCCAUAACAAAGCUAAGAAGGUUUGUAUCAAAACAAGGUCACCCUCACCCUCGCUUCCAUCCAUAACUGUAAAAUGGCCUAUUUGACAUAAAUUUGAGUAUCACACAGGGCCUUAUUCAACACACACUUUCAAUAUUAUUGUGUAUUAUGUUUCAUGUACAGUAUAGAGAAACUGGGAAUUUUUCUAAGGUAGCUUUAAAUUUUUUUGAAGGGAGAGUGUAUUUUUUAAAUGGGUUUAGGUUCUAUUGGGGGGGGGUGACUCAUUAAGGUCUUAAACAAAAGGUGUGAACUUGGCCCAUGGCUUUUUUUUAUACUUUUCCCUGUUUGACAAGUGUCCCCCAUAUCAAUACCAAGCUUCUUUGUUUGAGUGAUAUCCAAAAGCCAACCAAGGACAUCCCUUUUCUCCUUUGUUCAAAAUUUAAGUAAGCCUUGGAUACUCUUUUAUUUGGCAGGGUGCACAUAACAACCCAGUCAUUCCCAUUGAUUUUAGAACUGUUCCAAUGACUCCCUACAAAUCCUUCUAAAAUCGAUUCGCUUGGACCUUAAUGUUUACAACCCUGGCCCAUUAUAGAAGGAUUUAUUUGUAGAAGGAGUCAUCGAGGCACAACGGUGCUUAUAUCUCCUUUCUGGAUGUCCCAACCUAUCUCAUAUUGAAUAUUUUCCAGAGUUGUUGAAACCUCUUUGAGACUUUAUUUUACAGAAGAAUAAUUCAAGUUUUGCCCAACACUGUUAACAAUACUAGGAUCUAGUUCAAUUAUUUAAGAGUAUACGUCUUUUUUUCUGUGGUUUUAGAUGCUUUGAGUCCAUUUCCCCCACCCCCUCCUGCUGCGGAAGAUUUUUACCAGUCCCCAUCAUCACUUCCGAUGCCAGCGCCACCUGAAGACAUGUACCAGACUCCUCCUCCUCCUACAGAUACACAGCCCUGGAUGCCUAAAGACUAUAUUGAAAAGGGUAGGUUCCAUUACCUUGAAACUUUUAUUGGAAAGGUGGGGUUUGGAUAACUUGAAACUAUAUUCGAAAGGGGGGGUUGGAUAUCUUUAAGCAAUAUUGGAAAGGCAGGGUUUGGAUACCUUGAAACAGUAAUGGAAAGGCGAGGUUUGGAUGCCUUGAAACUAUAUUGGAAAGGGUGGUUUGGAUAUCUUGAAACAGUAUUGGAAAGGAGGGGUUUGGAUACAUUGAAACAAUAUUGGAAAGGUUGUGUUUGGAUACCUUGAAACUAUAUUGGAAAGGUGGGGUUUGGAUAUCUUGGAACAAUAUUGGAAAGAUAGGGGUUUGGAUACCUUGAAACUAUAUUGGAAAGGUGGGAUUUGGAUACCUUGUAACAAUAUUGGAAAGGUGGGGUUUGGAUACCUUGUAACAAUAUUGGAAAGGUGGGGUUUGGAUACCUUGCAACAAUAUUGGAAAGGUGGGGUUUGGAUACCUUGCAACAAUAUUGUAAAGGCAAGGUUUGGAUACCUUGCAACAAUAUUGGAAAGGUGGGGUUUGGAUACCUCCAGAGCUUAAAGAUAACUUGAAUUCCAGCUUGUAGUUUGGACAAGUAGGUCCUAUGGUUUUCUUGUCUGAGUCCAUUGCUUACUUGCUUGCCUGAGGCAGUGAUUAAGUUACAAGCACAUGAUUUACAUGCCUGUGUGUGUGUUUUUGUGCUGCGCGUGAUUUUGUUCCUGCUGCAGGUGUCCUGUGCGUGUUUAGCUCGUGAUUUUGUGGCUGUUUCAAGUUGCUGCAUCAUGUCCUUGUACCAUUAUGUCUCCCGACCAUUAAACUGCAAAAGAUACUUUAUACAUUCUAGAUGGCUUUUACGGAAAGAAAAUGCUUAAACGAUGGAAAAUGACAAACUGUUUACUUUCUUUCAGUGAUUUCGCUGUAUAGUUAUGAACAGCAAAGAGAUGAUGAACUUACCUUCUCAGAAGGAGUCAUUAUAUAUGUCGUCAAGAAGAACGAUGAUGGCUGGUUUGAGGGAGUCACAGAGGGAGGAACAACUGGUCUCUUUCCUGGAAACUACGUGGAAGUUUGCCUUUAAUACGAAACAAUUAACAUCUGUAUUUUUCUAAUAACAGAAGGGUUAUUAUAGACAAAACUUAGAUUUGAGAUGACUAAGUAGACAUAAGUCUUUUUGUUUUCAGGUAGAGUUAUUAGGUUUCAUUGGUCAUCAAAACCAAGUUGUUGAGAGCGAAUUUUAGACAAUUAUUGGAUCAGACUUUUGUGUAUCCAGAAUAAUCAAGGUUGAGGUAAGUGUUAUUGGCCGAGGCUGAUAACACUUACCAAACCUUGACUAUUCCGGGUAUCACAAAAACUGAUUUGUUAUACAUUGUUUUGAAGAAAAUAAGGACAAAGACAGCAUCGCAUGGGAUACAGUUUGACAUUGCUUUGGAAAUCAUGCAUUGUGUGCACAACCUACAGAUUAGUCAGUAAUCUCGCUUCUAGCAGAUAACUAUCUGUAGGCAGUAAUGAUUUCCAAACUAACUGUAGGAUCUAAGCCAGUGAGAAGACAGAUAGUGAGUACAAUGUAUAAUAUUUAACAAUUAUUCCUCGAGCCCGAAUGGGCUCUGAGUCAAUAGCCCAUAAAGCCGAAGGCCGAAUGGGCCAUUGACUCAGAGGCCAUGAGGGCGAGAGGAAUAAUUGUUUUAGUAAAAUCCAACUAGUUGGUCAAAAAUAUCGAGAAUAAAAAAAAUUUAGCUAGUUAAAAGCUAGACUUUAAUCCUUUUUUGCCGCCAAAAAGCCCGCGCUUUUCGCUAAUAGGGGGCUAUAACAUAUAGCCUAGUAGUAGCUCAACCAAUCAGAAUGCAGCAUUGAAGAUAGACCACUACUUGGAUUUUACUUAAACUCGAUAUACUGGUGUGCCUGGAGUGAAGUUGCUUUUCCCAUGAUUGUGGACAAAGGAAAAGCGUGCUAAAUGAAUGGAUGAUUAACUUAAACUCAACUUGUAGAGUUUAAUUUGCAAGUUCCAGUGAUUGGUUGAGGCACAUUUAGUGGAGGAGACUUUUUAUGAAGGCCCGAAAAAAAUCAAGCACAGAAACAAUUUUGCUGCAGUUCCUUGACCGUUAACAAUCUUUUGUUUCUUAGGUCACACACUGUGACCGAAUAAAUGAAUGAGUCAGCUAGGUCCAAAUAGAUCACAAUGCUUUUCAGUGUUGUGCAUGGUCACAUCAGAAAAAGCGAAUAAAACAUAUAGCAGAUUCAUAAGAAAUGACCGAGGGGAAAAAUAUGUAUUUGUAAAUAUCCAUCUCAUGUAAACUGUUGUUAUACCGUUUGGUUCUCUUUCAUUUACAAAGAUGUUAGGUAUUCCCAAAUUAAAGUCGGUAGCUGAUUUUUAUAACUUGAAUUGGAAAGUUUUGGAAACCCUAAUUAUGUGAAGAAAGGCGUGUUGAAAUAUAUUUAAAAUAAUAUUCAUAUAUUGUUCUUACGGUGUCUUGGUUAGUAGCACCAUGCAUUUUUUGGAAAUCAAAUUACAAUUAAUUUAGAAAAUUUUUAAAUGCUCCAAUUAUAUUUUGGAACUUUUUUGGCAUUAUGAUCUGGUAAUUUGUAGUAGUGUAGAGACGCGAGCAGCUUUUUCUUGCGGUUGUUUCCCCCUUCAUUUGGCGAAGAACACUUUUUAACUAGCAAAUGUUUAAGCUUUAGAAGAACGCUAUAAACAUACGACUUUUUUUGACGACGACAUGCCACCAUUAUCAAAUGCAAAUGAACAGAAAAAUACAUAGAAACAAAGAUUUGAAACAAAGGUUACAUGUAAAAUGUGAAGAGCAAAAAAGAAAUGAAAUAACUAAGUGAACAUUUUCGCUGAAAACGAGCAACAAACACUAAAUACUUAGUCGAUAGAAGGACAAACCAAAACCGCCGGGAAAGACUGUAGUUUUGCAUUCGUUUUUAUUGAUAAUUCCUUUAGCUGUCUUGGAUACUUUUUGAGGAUAAUUUUGUUGUUUCGCUCAUUCCUGAUAUACCAUGGGCCGCACUAAGGCUGUGUCUACGCUACACCGGAUAACGUUAUGUACGUACCGACAUGAAAAGCUGUGCAGUACCGUAAGAACGGCUACAGCACAGAACUGGAACAAGUCGUUCACACACAUGGAACAUCGAUUAUACCGUGCCUGAUGGGUUGGCCAAGAGGGUUAAAUCUCAAUCGCCACCCCUGAAUAUUUACUUCCGUAUCAGUUGUCUCCAAUGCUCGCUUCUACGUACUCAUUUACUUCUGCUGCGUUCCGAAAACCUGUUCACACUGCGAGGAGGAGUGGCAGAAACCUAUCUGGUGAUGAUCCACUUUCAAAAUCGACGCGUGUAGAAAUCUCCAUUCUUAUAUGCGAAGUGAAGCCCUAUCAAGCGUGAUUUUCUUUUCUGCGCAAGCGCUAUCCGGUACAGUGUGAACCAUUCUCGUCCCCAGAGCCCGUCGUUUCUUGGUCACAACAAAUCAAGCCGAGUGGCACUGGGGACGAGAAUGAGUGUGAAUAUAACCUUGCUCCAGAACAGGCGUUAUUUGCCGCGUUUUUUUUUUUCAGGGGAGCGAGGGCAAGCUCGAGGCGAGGAGCGAUCCACGUCCGCAUCGCGCUUUCUUUGUUCGCCUGAAA